CUGGCCAUGAUACGAUCCUUUAUUGGAAAUUUUCUGCCGACGCACAUCCAUUCCCGUGAAUGUACGCGCCUCAUCACGGUGGGCGAUGGUACCUGGCGAUUGGUUUAUUAGCAGACACAUGAAAAAUAUCGGCCCCUUCUCUCCGACACAUGAAAAAUAUCGGCCCCUCCUCCCGGUCGUAUCGGAGGGUGACGUUGAAAUCUCGACGACGAGUCGGCGACCUUAUAAUUAUUGCCAGGAAAAACUAUUUAUUGCCGCAAUUAUUGCAGCCUAAACGAAAACGUAUCAAUGCUUACCAAAAAAAAAUAUUAAUAAGGGAAGGGAAAGGAACGGCAAUUCUAGCACCGAUGGAAGCAGGCAGAGGUUCGUGUUCACGGGCUCUUAUUGCCUCGGGUCCUCCGCUUUCGAUGUGGUUCGUCAGGGAUCGUAGCCUCUUCAAUCUUGCUCUCGGGUAGAGAAGCUGAAUAAAGUGGUGAUUUUCCCACUGUGAGAUUCCUUCAACUCUGUCCAAAGAGGUGAUUAAAAUGGACUCAGGGGACUCAAGCCAUAGUCUUUUGAGUGGGAGACAUUCUGAAAUGGGAAGCCACUACAUUGUGGAGUCUGGUAUCUACAUGUCAUCUUUUGCUGCAGCCAUCUUUGUUGCUGCACUUGUGACCAUUGGGGUUCUACUGCUUACUUUGCUGAUUGCUCUGACCGUUAUGUUAGAAUCCUGUCAAAGUAGCCACUCUGGAGUCUUUGAGCAAGUUAGAACAAGUGAUCAAGAUGACUAUUGCAAUACUUUUGCUUUCCAUGCUGAGCUUAAUAACUUGGAAGCAGAUGAAUUUCCCACAAUUUGCAAGCAGCAUACUCUCCAAUACAUUAAUAAAGGUAGAUUCUUGCGAGAGUUAAAUUUGACAGUGCAGGUGGCAGAGAGCUAUUUCAGUACUAUGACUCCCAGUAAUGAUGGUCUAGAUGUAAUAUUGAUGGAUGUAGAUGACAUAUUCUUGUUAGAAAUUGCCUACAAUGGCAGUUCUGCUUUGCAUUGGAGUAAUGAGGAUGAAAACAUGAGACAUUUGGUCCACAUGAUUGUUUCCAGAUUGCUCAUAAAACUCCAAGCUAGUAGCUGGUCUGUGAGUUUUUUUACAAGAAGGUCUAUGAGAAAUAAGAAUGCCACCAUAGCAAGCCUCACCUCUGCUGGUUAUGGAGAAUGGUUUUCAUUGAUCAUGAGAUCUGAUGAUGAACUUCUGAUGGAGAACUGGGAAUACAUCUCCGGUAGAAGAAUGCAGUUGCGGGAUCAGGGAUUCCGGAUUGCAAGUGUGAUUAGCAGCCGAAUGGAUGCCCUACAAGGACCAUGUUUAGGAAAGCGUAAUUUCAAGCUUGCUAGUCCAAUUUAUUACAAAGUUUGAGCAGCCUGAAAAUGGUUUAUGAACGUUGCCAAAAAAAUUAUUUUGCCAGGGUACCUUGUUCUAUUUUUCCAGAGUGUAUAAUUGAGGUCUGUUUAUUCCUGGUUGAGCUAUUCAGAUUCUUCUUUUUUAAAUCAAAAAUACAUUCCAGUGCAUAUUUUCAAUAUUCAAUUGAACCGGGGUGCCACAUGUUUGUUUUGUUCCUUUUCUUACAGAAGAAGGAAAAAACAAAGAUUUUCAUGGAAAUUGGCAUGGUAAGUUCCAGAGGAGGUUUUAUGCAAUAAAAGUGAGUAUUUGAUACAUUCAACAGGGAAACAUGCGAAUGCAAUGGAAGCAAGCAGGCUUCAGAGUAGAGAACUGGAAGGCAGAACAAGAGAAAUGUGGCCCCUUGUAAAAUGGUUUAUAUCUUCAAAAGAUUGUACCAAGAUCCGUAUGUCGACAUUUAGUGCAAGUCUGUAUGGUAUCCGAUCGCAGCGGGAGGUUGUAAAUCGCUAACCUUUAACGUGAUACAUGGUGGUCGUUGUUUCGACUGCUUUAACAUCUAUUACUUUAUUGAUUUUCGAUUUUC